CACUAAGAACAAAAGUCAAUACUUAAUCGCUAUGAAUUCUCAUUUAUUCAGUCUUCCUAUUUUGUACGACAAAAUAAUUUAAAAUUUAAUUUUACAAAUAGUAUAAUAUUCCCAUAAAAGAAUAAUACAUGUAACCAAAAAAAGACUAAACAUAGACUGUAUAUAAAAAAAGUUCAUCUAGUCAUCAUAAAUGUAAUAUUUUUGUUAGGUAUUUAUUAUAUUUUAAAUCUCGAGAAUCCGAUGAAAACAAUUGCUGACGUAGGUUAGUUGCAUUACUGUAAACAAUAUGGCAAGUAAUUACAGUCAAGAUGGUCAAAUUCCAAUCCCACCUCGCAGAACGCGCUCGAGUACUUCAGAUAAAGUUCCCUAUGUGGUUGAUGUGGUGGCUGAGAGAUGUAUUGUGCCAGCUAUGGAAAGAAUGUCACGAAGGGAGCCCAAUAUGGGAGAAAGUAUAUCACCUUUAGAUCGCUUAAGAAACAAUGUAGACAUGUCAGAAAAUGUUGCUAGAAUGGCAUCACAUCUCAAACAGUUGGAGAAAAAAAGAGAUGAACUACAAAGACAAUGCACAGCCAUUGAGACUAUGAAUAGGCAAAGUGAAGUGAAUCGAUUAAUUGAUAAAAAUAAAGAACUGAAACAAGACGUUUUUGUAUUAAAAAAUCUAACUUAUAGACUAAAUAGAGAACUGGAAAAAUGUCAAGAUAAACUGCUAUCAAAAGAUCAAUUUCCAGAGUCUGAAGGUUACAUGCGAGUACAAGAUCCCAAAAAUAUAAGCUGGCGCAGGGAAGAUAUUAAUGCAGUAUCGCCGUUAUUAGAAGCAUACCAAACAUCUUUAGAAGAAAAAGAUGUUACUAUUGAAAGCUACAAAAACGAACUUGCUCGAUUUUCUUCUAGAAGUAGAGAAAUUGCUGCUGAAAAUGAAAGUCUUUAUCAACAGCUUGAAGAAGCAAAUGAAAAAAUCGAAGUUACGUAUGGAGAAUGGAAAUCAGUGGAGUCCGAAGUAGCAAUGCUAAAAGAACAUAAUGAGUUAUUGGUCAGGCAAGCCAAAUUACAUCAAGCAAAGUUACAAGAUUUACUUCGUUCAUACCAAUCAAGAGUUACUGAAUUGAAUGGUGAACGAGACCAUCUAGCCGAGAAAUAUGAAAAUGCCCGUAUAGAGCUUCUUCAUUUGCAAAGUCGUGUGUCUUCAUUAGCUGGAGAUUUGAAUCGCAUGAAAACCGAAGAUGAUAAUAAAAUUCCAAUUGCUGUGCAUACGUCUGCUGUCAACGAAUGUCGGAGACUUUUCGAAGAACUCAAGUGUCGGUACGACGAUGAACGUGAUACGUUGAUGCGAAGGUUGAUAACUUUCGAAGAGGAAAGACCUACGCUCGACAUCAGGAUCGUUACUCUUACCACUGAAUUAAAUCAACAGCGGUCUAUCAACAAAGCUUUGGAUUUACAGUGCUCUAUGUGUGAUGUAAACUGCGUCGAACAAGGUGCGCAUCAGGAAGUUAACCGUUUAAGCGGUCGUCUGUACGAACAGUCUGUCGAGCUGGAACGAAUGAAGAAAACUUACGAGAACGAAAUCAACGCAUUGAACAACGCUCUUCUCCAGAAACAAAGCGUUAUAGACUCGAUGGACGCGAACCUGGAGAGAUAGCAAUGGUGCCCAUGCGCCGCUUUUUCUUCGUCGUGGUGCCGUAGUCUUAGUCAGUACAUAUUGAGAAGGGUAUGAAUAGAGGUUAUAAUAAUAUUGGAACAGCCAAAUAAUAACUAAAAUAAUAUCUAUAUACUCGUAUAGCUUUAUAAAAAGACUUUUAAUCAAAAAAAAAACAAAAAAAACAAAAAAAAUGUAACUUAACCUCAAAGAAUUAAAGUGUGUUCGUAUGAAAUAUGUAUUUUAAGUAUAAUAUGUUACGAUAUGUAUUAUUAUUACUAUAACUAUUAUUAUUAUCAUUUUAAAAUUUUCGUUAUGUAGUUGUAGGAUUUUCAGAAAAUACUUCACGAGAUAUCGGAUACGAUAACAAUUUGGUUAUACUAUUGGUAUUUAUUAUUAUAUGUACAACAUAUCUAUACGAUAAUUAAAAGUAUUUACAUUAAUAAAAAUAAAAAUAAAAAUAGUAAAUAUAACUCAUYAUUAGAUAACAUUUUUUAAUUAAAUUUUACGGGGUUAUUUGACUAGGAAGAAUGAUGAUGUCAUAUCGACGUAUCAUAUUAUGACGUAUAAUGUAUACAGAGCGUAUCACAGAGAUCUGACAAUUUUACAGAUAACUAAUACAUUUGAAUAUUUUGUCAACUCCCCGAAGUACACUCGGCGUAUCAUGCUAGCUAGUCGUCCGGGAGAUGAUAAUGUCUAACGGUGUGGUAUUAAAAUAAUAUGCGCACCGAAUGACCUAAAAAGAAAACUCGGCACUGGUAACGAUUGACUCAUGAAUUAUWCUUAUGAUCGAUUAGACACAAUAUCGAUAGUUUCAUGGCAAAAGGGUCUAAGCUAUAAGCGRCACUUGGCCCCAAGUGAAAUGACUUGUACAAUUAUUGGAUAAAGAAAAAUUUCAUAAAAUACACGUACGAAAAUAGCUACUACCAUUAUUUAAGAAGCGAUUUAAAUCCAUACUUGCGUGCUAUAAGUAGCACUUUAUGUUUGCUCAAAAAGUUGGUCUAAACGAAAAUAAUAUGUAGGGAACAAACGAAAAGUAUAAUUUUUUUUGAAGGCCAGGCUAUUGACGCUAUUGUAAAGUUAUGCGGGAUAUAUGUCAGGGAUGCAUAAAGCAAUAGUCGCGUGCAUAUACUAACAUGGCUUGGAAAUUAAAAAGUUGACACCCAUGUUGCUCUUUAUUGCGAUUCAUGCUGUGCACGUAAUGAAAACCUUGAAGCGUUAAAAAAAAAAAAUAGGA